AAGCUGUCAAGUUUCUCCAAGUGUCAAACAGGUCGGACGAGAGAAAUCAAUCGAUUGUUGUUGGUUGGCGCUAAAGUUCCGCGAGUUUAUGAUAACACGGAUACACUGGUCAAACUAUAAGUGGCGGCUUGUUUGUUAUCGCUGUGAGAGUGUUGUGGUCGGUGCCGACGAGCCGGGCGCCGCAGCGCGCGCUGCUGCCGAGUCUGCGCUAACCUUGUUAUGUUAUCGUAAAGAAAUGGAUAAUAACUUUACAGACUUCACUAAGAACGAUACAUUUGACACAUGGACGGGGAGCGAUGAGUCGGAGGCGGUGACGUCACGCGCGGCGUCGCACAAACGCGCGCACUACGACAACUACUACGGUGAGCCGGCGGCGAAGCGUCCGGCGCCGAGCAUCGUGGUGGGCGGCGGCUUCAAGUGGAACCUGCAGGCGCUAGCGGCCGCGGCCGACAGCGUGGCCAGCGGCGGCAAGUCGCCCGUGUCCGCGCUCAACGAGCUCGGCGUGCGCGUGGCCUACUCCGUGCUGCGCCAGGCGGGCCCGGCGCACUGCCCGUCCUUUACUGUCCGCGUCAGGGUAGCAGACCUCGCCUUCUGCGGCGCCGGGCCCAGCAAGCGCGAGGCGCGCGCCGCCGCCGCCCGCGCCUGCCUCGCCGCGCUGCUCGCCCGCGCCGGCCGCGCCCUGCCCCCCCCGCCGCAGCAUGACUUCACCAGCGACGAGCCCGCGCCCGCGCCAGCGUCGCAGCUGGAGUGCGUGGAGGCGGUGCAAGCCCCCGCGUCGCCCGCGCCGGCAGCACCCGAGCCGGGCGCGGAGGUGGCGGCGCCGCCCGCCGGCUCGCUGUUCGGCGCGGCGGCGGCGGCGGCGCACAAGUCGCCCAUCAACGUGCUGUACGAGAACUACUCGGGACUCGCCUUCACCUGCACCUUCGGCGACGGCUCCCCGCUCACCGCCGCGCAGGCGCCGCUGCAGCUCAGCCACAGCAUGCGGUUCAAGGUCGUCUGCCAGAUCAAGGACCAGAAGUUCGAGGGAUACGGGUCGAGCAAGAAGCUGGCGAAGCUGGCGGCGGCGCGGUGCGCGCUGGCGGCGCUGGAGGAGCGCGCGCCGCCGGCCGCCGCCCCCAGCGCGCCGCAGCUGCGCCAGCACCUCGCCGACCACAUCGCCAAGCUGGUGAACGAGAAGUUCAACGAGCUGAUGAAGAACGACGUGGUGCACUCCAAGCGCAAGGUGCUCGCCGGCAUCGUCAUCACCACGCACUCGCGCAUCGAGGACGCCCGGGUGAUCGCGGUGACGACGGGCACCAAGUGCGUGUCGGGCGAGCACAUGUCCGUCACCGGCCGCGCGCUCAACGACUGCCACGCAGAGGUGGCUGCGCGGCGCUGCCUACAGAAACACCUAUACGCGCAGCUACUACAGUACGCUGAGCAAGCUGACCCGACAGUGCCGCUAGAGAACAACGACCUGGAGCCGGUCCCGGGCGGCGGCUACCGGCUGAAGGCGUCCCGCGCCGUGCACCUGUACGUGAGCACGGCGCCCUGCGGCGACGGACGCAUCUUCAGCCCGCACGAGCACCACCACGCCGAGCCCGACAAGCAUCCCAACCGCCUGGCGAGAGGGCAGCUCCGGACCAAGAUCGAGUCCGGCGAGGGCACCAUCCCCGUCAAGAACUGCACCAACACCGUGCAGACCUGGGACGGCGUCAUGCAGGGCGAGCGGCUGCUGACGAUGUCGUGCUCGGACAAGGUGGCGCGCUGGUGCGUGUGCGGGCUGCAGGGCGCGCUGCUGUCGCGGCUCGUGCUGCCCGUCUACCUGCACUCGCUCGUGCUCGGCUCGCUGCUGCACCCGCACCACAUGUACAGGUGA